GCGUAAAAGUAGUAAAAUUUCAUUCAUCUGUCACUACGUUGGUUCGUGUUUUGCUUUCUUUUGCUUUUUCGGUGACAAUUCCAGCCAGCCAUUAGACAUCAUUAUUUACCUUUUUGUCGCUCGGAUGUUUCGAUUCGUCGUCGAUCAUACAUAAUAGUAGCAAUUAAUGCCAUUCAACCUUUGAUCUCUACGAAGAAGUGUGACUGGAUAUCGAUUGAAAAAAGGUGUCCCGAAAUCAAUGAGCACAGGAUUGAGUAAGAUAGUUUAGAGAGAUUGGUGCUAAUCAAGAAUGGAAUCUGUUACGCCAUGGAUCGAACUACGCAACUUGUACGGCAAAUAUGUCAAGUGGGUUUCAAGCAAUCCCUCCGCAUUGGGGGAUGUGGAAAUGACCGUCAAAUGGUUGUCCUACUUCAUAGCCGGAAAAAUUAACAAUUCACCGGCAGUUUCGGAGCUGGUGUACUCUUUGUCCAAUCUGCUAGUUUUCUUCAAUGACCGAAUCAUCGAGAAGUCAAACGGUGUUGCUGUCCAGCAGUCGGAAACUAGUCCAUUGGCACGGCAGAUCAAAAUCGUCCUAACGACGUUGGAUUACUGCGAAGUGUUCAUCGAGUUGUCGGCCCAAAAGAUAUGGGGUUCACGAGGAAGGUGGUUUCUUAUCGUCGUCGUGCAGACCAUCAAAUGCAUAGGUCGCGUGAUUCUCACCAUGUUCUGCCAAAAUAACAACAUCAUUCAAAACCCGCCGAUCCCUGUCCUCGAUAGGAAAAACCUAGUCGAGACUGCUAGACCGGAUAACAGUACCUUCCAAGAGCUGACUGAUACCGUUGUGUUGAAGCGGUCCGGUCGGGUACUGCGAAAAGUCGAAGGAGCACCACCAAUCGUGGCCAGGACUUUCAAACCACUGAAACAUGAACCUGUGGUGAUUCGGUAUGGCGGAAGAUUUAUUCGAACGGCGGAAUUGAUGUACAUAUUGAAGCCAUUGAUACACUUGGCUUGCGUUCGUCGGUACGGAUUUAAAAGCUGGAAGUCUUACUUGGUACCGAUGGCUAUCGAUGUAGCGAGCUUACGCAUUUACUACAAAAACCGUGAGGAUCUAUCCAAAGAGCAGAAGCAGGAAUUAUCCCGGCGGUGCGUAUCGAUGCUGCUCUAUUUGAUGCGCUCCCCAUUCUAUGAUAAAUAUAGCAAGCAACGGAUUGCCUCACUGCUGACUGGUAUUGGAAAUAAGGUUCCACUGACGGGCACCAUCACCAACCUGAUUCUGUCCUACAUUCCACACUGGCAGGAGACCUACUUCUACAUGUGGUCAACCUAAAAAUAAUAGGUUUUCAACCUAUUUUUUGUAAUACCUUUCAAUUAAUGCGUAUUUACAUAGUCUAAGGAACAUAGCGGUGAUUGACAAUUUUAUCGACUUAGAAGUAAGAACGAGAAACUGCGGGUGAAGUGAUAGCGUGGAAAGCCGGAUUGAUUUUUUCGGCAAAACAUGCUGGUUGGAGGAUGGUUUAGUUGAAAGUAAUGUAUAUAGGCUGCUAACGAGCUGUUGCGGUAUGAGAUUUCGGAGAAUAAAACACUAUAGAGCAAAUGGGAAAAAUA